CUCUCCCUCGAGGGCCGCGGCCUCGAUCGCACGCACGCACUAGCCGCACGCGUUUGGCUGCUUGCUGCGGUUGCUCGCACUCCUCCACCUCCAAAGGCUCCAACAAGAACAAGAACAAAUCCAAGUGAGGCCCUCGCCCACCCACCGACUCCGCGGCCAAAUUCCGGCGAGAUGUUCGCGAGCAGGCCGGCGGUGCACCCGGUGGAGGCGCCGCCGCCGCCGGAUCCGGCGGAGCAGCCGAGGGGGGUGCUGAUGAAGGACCUGCCCGGGAUGCCCGGGACGGCGGGGGGGCUGGGGCUCCGCCUCGCGCAGUUCGCCUUCGCCGCCGUCGCCCUCGCCGUCAUGGCGUCCACCAACGACUUCCCUUCCGUCACAUCGUUCUGCUUUCUUGUUGCGGCAGCCAUUUUGCAAUGUCUCUGGAGCUUUUCACUAGCAAUUGUGGACAUAUAUGCACUGCUUGUUAAGCGUUGCUUACGAAAUCGCCGGGCUGUUUGUCUAUUUGCAAUUGGUGAUGGGAUCACAGCAGCACUGACCUUCAGUGCCGCAUGUGCGUCAUCUGGCAUCACCGUGUUGAUUGAUAAUGAUCUAGACCUAUGCUCGGAAAAUCACUGCGCAAGUUUUGAAAGUGCGACAGCAAUGGCGUUUCUUAGCUGGUUUGCUCUUUCGCCAUCCUUUCUAUUGAAUUUCUGGUCAAUGGCUUCUGGAUGAAUGAAAACCAAAGAGGAGGUUAGAGCUUGAUUUUUGAAUGUAUCAUGUGCCCAAUUCACCAAUUGUGGUUAGUGAGAAUUGGAUAGCGUGACGCAGCUAAUUGUAUUAGAGUUGAAAGCUGAUGUGCGGUCUUGGGAUCAUAUGUUUCUAGUAUAACUCUGUAAAAAAAGAAUAGGGGAUGGCCUGUUUUGCAAGUGUUCAAUGUGGAACUCAGUAAAAGUCUCUUAAGCAAGGUGCUUUCCGUAUAAGACUUCCA